AUGAAGAUUGCAGUGAUCGGACAGAGCCUGUUUGGCCAGGAGGUCUACUGCCGCCUGCGGGAGGAGGGCCACGAAGUGGUGGGCGUGUUCACUGUGCCCGACAAGGACGGGAAGGCAGACCCCCUCGGCCUGAAGGCUGAGCAGGAUGGCGUGCCGGUGUUCAAGUUCCCCCGCUGGCGGGCCAAGGGGCGGGCCCUGCCCGACGUGGUGGCGCAGUACGGGGCCCUGGGAGCCGAGCUGAACGUUCUGCCCUUCUGCAGCCAGUUCAUCCCCAUGGAGGUCAUCAGCGCCCCCCGGCAUGGCUCCAUCAUCUACCACCCGAGCCUGCUGCCGCGCCACCGGGGCGCCUCCGCCAUCAACUGGACCCUCAUCCAUGGGGACAAGAAAGGGGGGUUUACCAUCUUCUGGGCAGAUGAUGGUCUGGACACCGGGGACCUUCUGCUUCAGAAGGAGUGUGAGGUCCUCCCGGAUGACACCGUCAGCUCCCUGUACAACCGCUUUCUCUUCCCCGAAGGCGUCAAAGGCAUGGUUCAGGCUGUGAAGCUGAUCUCCGAGGGCAAAGCCCCCAGACUCCCUCAGCCGGAGGAGGGCGCCACCUAUGAGGGGAUUCAGAGGAAGGAGACUGCCAGGAUCGACUGGGACCAGCCCGCAGAGGCCAUUCAUAACUGGAUCCGUGGAAAUGACAAGGUGCCGGGUGCCUGGACAGAGGCCUGUGGGCAGAAGCUGACGUUUUUCAACUCGACGCUGAGCACCGCGGGCCUGGAGCCUGAGGGAGAGGACCUGCCCAUCCCGGGCGCCCACCGGCCGGGGGUGGUCACCAAAGCGGGCCUCGUCCUCUUCGGGAACGACGGCCGGAUGCUGCUGGUGAAGAACAUCCAGCUGGAGGACGGGAAGAUGAUCCCAGCUGCGCACUUCUUCGGGCGGGCGGACAGCAGUGCCCUGGAGCUGACAGAGGAGGAGCUGGGCACCGCAGAGGCCGUGCGGGGUGCCUGGAAGCGGAUCCUCCCCAGCGUGCCAGAGGUGGACGAGUCCACGGACUUCUUCAAGUCAGGGGCCGCAUCCGUGGACGUCGUCAGGCUGGUGGAGGAAGUCAAGGAGCUGUGUGAAGGCCUGGAACUGGAAAAUGAAGAUGUCUACAUGGCAACCACCUUUGGGGACUUCAUCCAGCUGUUAGUGAGAAGGCUGCGAGGGGACGACAAGGAGACCGAGGGCCCCAUCGACUACGUGGAAAAAGCCGUGAACAAGCUGACCCUCCGGAUGCCCCACCAGCUGUUCAUUGGGGGCGCGUUUGUGGACGCCGAGGGCGGCAAGACCUACGAGACCAUCAACCCGACAGACGGAAGUGUUCUCUGCCAGGUGUCCCUGGCCCAGGUCAGCGACGUGGACAAGGCCGUGGCUGCGGCGAAGGACGCCUUUGAGAAUGGCCUGUGGGGGAAGAUCAGCGCGCGGGACCGGGGCCGCCUCCUGUACAGGCUGGCAGAGCUCAUGGAGCAGCACCAGGAGGAGCUGGCCACCAUCGAGGCCCUGGACGCGGGCGCCGUCUACACACUGGCCCUGAAGACGCAUGUGGGCAUGUCCGUCCAGACCUUCCGCUACUUCGCUGGCUGGUGUGACAAGAUCCAGGGCUCCACCAUCCCCAUCAACCAGGCCAGACCCAACCGGAACCUGACCAUGACCCGGAGGGAGCCCAUCGGGGUCUGUGGCAUCAUCAUCCCCUGGAACUACCCCCUGAUGAUGCUGUCCUGGAAGACGGCCGCCUGCCUGGCCGCGGGCAACACAGUGGUGAUCAAGCCUGCCCAGGUCACCCCGCUCACGGCCUUGAAGUUUGCAGAGCUGACCCUGAAGGCGGGCAUCCCGAAGGGUGUGGUCAAUGUCCUGCCGGGAUCUGGCUCACUGGUCGGCCAGAGACUGUCGGACCACCCGGACGUGCGGAAGAUUGGGUUCACAGGGUCCACCGAGGUCGGCAAGCACAUCAUGAAAAGCUGUGCCCUGAGCAACGUGAAGAAGGUCUCCCUGGAGCUGGGUGGGAAGUCACCCCUCCUCAUCUUUGCAGACUGUGACCUGGGCAAGGCCGUGCAGAUGGGCAUGAGCUCCGUCUUCUUCAACAAAGGCGAGAACUGCAUCGCCGCUGGCCGGCUCUUUGUGGAGGACUCCAUCCACGACCAGUUUGUGCGGAGAGUGGUAGAGGAGGUGGGGAAGAUGAAGAUUGGCAACCCCCUGGACCGGGACACCAGCCACGGGCCGCAGAAUCACCGGGCCCACCUGCGGAAGCUGCAGGAGUACUGCCAGCGCGGCAUGGCGGAGGGGGCCACGCUGGUGUGCGGCGGGAAGCAGGUUCCGCGGCCAGGCUUCUUCUUCGAGCCAACGGUCUUCACAGACGUGCAGGACCACAUGUUCAUAGCCCGGGAGGAGUCCUUUGGGCCCAUCAUGAUCAUCUCUCGGUUUGCCAACGGUGAUGUGGACGGGGUGCUGACUCGGGCCAACGCCACGGAGUUCGGCCUGGCCUCUGGCGUCUUCACCAGGGACAUCAACAAGGCCCUGUACAUCAGCGACAAGCUGGAGGCUGGCACCGUGUUCAUCAACACAUACAACAAGACAGACGUGGCCGCUCCCUUCGGAGGGUUCAAGCAGUCAGGGUUUGGCAAAGACCUGGGAGAAGCGGCCCUGAACGAGUACCUGCGGGUCAAGACAGUUACCUUUGAGUACUGAGGAGGGUCUCAGGACCGUCCCCAGCUGUGGCUCGACCCUGAAUGCAGUGGAAGCCUCUGGCCUGCACCCCUGUCCCCAUCCGGGACCCCCACCUUGCCCAAUCCAUGUGACCUCGAUCAGGAAGUGACCCCAUGCGAAUAAACGUCCUGGCCAGUA